GGCUGCCCAACCAUUCACGCACCGUGUCUUACCUUCACGUGUGGAGCGCGUGUUUCCUAAGCGUUCGUUCCUUCAGGACCAUGGACUCGCUCUCUGCAUUUUUUGCCGUUUUCGUUUUCCGUUGCUGCUGCGCUCACUCCCGUGUCCAACAAGCCGGUAAGCUGGCUCAAAGGGAAUCAUCCGUGGAACAAAUAAAAUAUGCGCAUUUUCUCAUAAGCCUUCGCUGAAAGACAAAGCUCCCCUGUAUAGCCUAGACCGGCUGUUGGGGCAAGUGCUGUUCGCGGCAUCCUAUGAAGGCCGCCUCGGCACACGAGGAGGUGGGUGGCCAGCACCUUGCCCAGUCACCUUGUCCCCUCGCACACUGACACACACGUGGGUGCAACAAACACAAUAUGCUCUCCACUUUAUCUUGGUUGCCAGCUUGGAAUAGGGCUGUUAGCAAGCUCCUAUUAAGGCAAGGACAGCACAUGAGGAAAUGUCAAAGACGGCUGCACACAUGCCCAGGAUUGUUCGCUCCCCCAGUGCUGGUGUUGACACAUACUAGAAAUGAUAAUGUCAGGCUGAGGCAACCUCGGGGAGACUCUGGAACAGAUCGAGAUCAUCGUUCGCAGAGAAUCCCACUGCUAGGAACACGACCCUCAUCAUUAAGAAUGCAGCUCAGUGUUAUGUUUAUUCAAAUCGUGAAAUGGUUUUCAAUUCAAAUUCAUGUUCUAUUGUUCAGUUGAAGAUGUCAGUUUUGAAUGCAACCGGUGCCCGGUACAACGCUGGACGAGCAUUGUAACGGCGGCGGGCGGGCUGGUUCCAGCACGCGCCUCCUACUUGGGGCGUGGUUCCAGUGUUGGAACUUGGUGCUGUGGUGUCAUGCGGCUCGCUGGUGGCACGCUCAUAGAGGUUCAAGGCUUGAACUCAGAAGACCACCCUGGUUAUCACUGCGGUGUGUAGCAACCAUACAACACAACGCGCCCUCAGCUUCACAGUGAUGUCAUUUCUAAAAAAGAGUUGGCCAUUGUGUGCUGCAAAUUACUUGGUUACGAUGACACCUCCCAAUAAUGGUCCCGGCUGUGAACUCGCCAGGGACUGUCUGUGCAACGCAGUUGUGCCUUCCUGCAUGAAAAUAGCCUUGCACACUAUGAGAAUGGCGCAAAUACCAAAUGUACUCAAUUAUCAUCAAAUAUUGAAAUUACACCUUUUUGUGAUACUGCAUCGGCAGCGGUGCACACGAGCAAAUGAUACAAACUCAUGUGCGUCACGAACACUGCAAUAAAGAUCAAAUGUAUAUAUUACAAAAUUAAUUGGUGAGGUCACAAGAAUGUUAUUGAGGAACGUGUUUAGUUUUGGGAACGAAAUCCAGGUUAUAGUUUUGAACCAUUGCUUUCACUUCUGAAUUUUCAGUUUCGCUUCACAUUAUUGGUUCUUCUCUUUUUUCACGUUCGAACAAACUUCCCAUUUUCAUAUUUUCGGCGAACUUGACCGAGUGGCGAGCGCGUGUGGCAACCAGAGAGAGAGAGAGCGCGCGCGCUCUGCAGCUGGACACGUGCGCUCUCUAUCCCUCUGCGCUCGCGCUCUUCCCCGAAACAAGACGACCCGCGCCGUGCUGCUGCUGCUGCUGCUGCAUGAACAUCGCUGUUGUCCCGUGGCGAGCCGGCCUCGGGCAGAAAGCACCACGUGCCGGGAGGCCAAGCAUCUGCUGAGGGCAGCACCACCAUGGCAUGCAGCGCUCUGCUGGGGCUGCUGCUGGUGCUGCUCGCUGCUCGCCGUGGCGCCGGUCAGACUCCGAAGAGUGUCCUGGACAGCAUCUACGCCUCGACUCCGUGCUUGCAGGCGGCUGGCUCUCCAGGCCCCUUGAUGUGCGUGCUCUUCAGCGUGAGCGAGGACUUCAUGUGCCAUUGGCUCGCGCGGCUCGACUCGUCCGCACCCACCACCUACAAGCUGAACUGGAGGGCGUACCACGGAUCUCCGAGCAACGACACGACGUCGCCUCCGCUCGACGUGGACCCCAGCUGGGACGCCAACCGUCUCUACUACGUGCAAGACGACGAGCUCCUGCGGAUGGCCUGCGACGAGAAGGACGGCUGCGUGGUCUGCAAGCUCAGAAAAUUCCACCUCAACCUGGGGCUGAACUACAUGUACGAGAUGUGGGUGACGGCCAACGGCACUGCUGAAUCCCAGCACCUGCGCUUCGAGCCCCAGAAUCAGAUCCUCCUGCCUCCACCGAGUGACGUGGGACUGACUUCGGAGCGGGACGAGCCCACGCAGCUCGUGGUGCAGUGGACAAACCCCUUCUACAUCAACACCAAGUGCCAACUGCGCUACCGACACCAAGGGACCAGCCACUGGACCACGGUGAACGACGUGAUGGACAACGCAUCGCACUACACUCUGUACGACCUGGCGCCCGGCUCCCUCUACUGGGCCCAGCUGCGCUGCCGCAUCAUACCUGAAGGAGAAUAUUGGAGCCCCUGGAGCCAGCAGCGGGUCGGACAGACACCCGACGCAGUCCCGCUAGGGGUGCCGGACAUGUGGAGGGAACUCGGCGAGGCCGACGCCCGGGGGUGGCGGGACCUCACCGUCUUGUGGAAGGAUUUACCGGAGAAGCAGGCACGCGGCCGCGUGCUGCACUGGCUCGUGUCGCUCCACCCGGGGAACCGGGAGACGAGGCUGGAGGCCCAGUACCGCGGCGCGACACUGGCCGUGCCGGCGAACGCUCCUGUCCACGUGAACGUCCGCGCUGUCAACUCGGCGGGGAGAUCGAACGCCGCGGGGCUCAGCGUCCCGGCGCUCGGCCAAUCCGGGAUGCUGCCUCCACUGCAGCUGAGCGCUCACAGCCAGGAGGGACCCGAUGGGCGCCCGGCAUUGCGCGUCACCUGGGCAGCCCCAGCAUGCCAGCAUCACAUGGUCAAGGGGUACCUGGUGGAGUGGAGUCCAACGACCGUCUCGACGUCGUCAUCCACGUCAUCGGAUCUUCCGUCGCUGGCAACGCCGGCGUUGUCGCCGGCGUUGCCGCCGACGCUUUCAUCACUGCCCUCGUUAGCCUCGCCAUCGUCUUCGGUGGCAGCAGCAGCAGCACUGACAGCGCCAUCACCGUGGAGACCAUUGCUCACGCCCAGCCUGACCAGCUGGGCCCGGCUGCCAGCUAACAGCUUGUCCUUCAACAUCACAGGGAGCCUGGAGCCGUGCGUGGGCUACGCGGUGUCGGUCUACGCGCGCUACGUCCGAGGGGAGGGGCCCCCCGCAAGGACGAUCGCCUUCGCCCGCGAAUGCCCUCCUGAUAGGGGGCCGGAGCUGGGGAUACAGGAGGUGCAGGGCAGCAGCGCACAGCUCUCCUGGCAGGAGAUUCCUCUGGAGAAGAGGCGCGGCGUCCUCCGGGGCUACACCAUCCACUACAGCGACCCCUCGCACCUCAACAAGACGGUGGAGGUGGACGCGUCACAGUCGAGCGUUGUGCUGCAUCACCUCCAAAGCAGCACCGUGUACACGGUGUGGGCGAGGGCUCGCACGGCCGGCGGGGAGGGACCCGACGGCUCCUCAAUCUCCUUCAAAACCAAGCGCCUGGAUGACUGGAAGGUGAUUGCCAUGGUGGCUGUGGUGUGCGUGGCCGUGCUGCUGCUGGCGCUCUCCACCGCGUGCCUGUGCACGCGCUGCAGGAACUGGAUCAAGGAACACCUUUACUACCCAGACUUCAGGAAAUCUCGUGUGCUCAGAGACCUCAUGCAACAGCAGCAGUCGCAGGGUGGCCACCGCCAGUCGUCGGCGAGCGACCUGGAGACGGUGGUGUCGUCCGUGGAAGUGGUGGAGUCCGAGUCUCCUCAGCUGCUCCGCGGCAGCUGCAAGGGCGGCGGAGUGACCGGCGCGCCGACCGGCGCGGACACGCGCUCGCUCGGCGGGGAGACCAGCGGCAUCGGCAGCAGCCGCCCGUCCUCGCCCGACCGCCACACGAGCGACGAGUCCGACACGUGCUGCAGUAGCAACGCCACCAGCGUGGCCAACGUGGACGCGCUGCUUCCGCCGCCGCCAUCAUCGCGACGGCGCGAGGGCCCAAGGGACGGCUCGGGGGAAGAGGAGGAGGAAGAGGAAGAGGAGGGCGCGGCAUCGCGCUCGCGCUCGCACCAGGACCUGGACGGGUCGGGCGAGGGCGGGCGCCCCUUCCUGGCGCCGGGCGCCGCGUGCCCGCGCGCCCACACGUGGUCGUGCUCCGACGGCGAGGAGCCGUGCCUCCUGCCGGCCCCGCACAGCGCCCACGCCGAGCCCUACUCGCAGGUCUCCUACCGCGACCGCCGUCAGCAGCAGGGCUGUCCCGGCUGCUCGUGGCGGGAGGAGCGCGGCGAGGGCGUGGGCGGCGACGGGGGGGUCGCGUCGCGUUCGCUCGACGCCGCGGGAGACGACGACGGCGGUAACGACGCCGACGAUGACGGCGGCAAUGACGGCGGCUUCACGGACGCCUCGGUGUUGCUGCGCUCAUUCGUUGGGAAGCCCCCCGGUCCGUGCGUCACGGACGGGGAGUGCCGCUGCUGCGGGAGGUCCAAGCUGGGAGGCAAGAGCGGUGGCGGCGGUAGUGGGCAAGAGCAGGACGAGGCGAGCGUGGGGGGCGCGGACGAGAGGGUGCAGGCGUACUUCCCCCAACUCGUCACGGAGGCCGGGUACAUGCCCCAGUGAGACGGCGGCAGGGCUGGCGCGCGACGAGCGUGCGCUACGCUCGCCACCACGCUGCUCGGGAAAAACACUUAUUUAAUCGUUCAUGUGGGCAACGAACUUUAAAAAAAACAAGAUCGAAAUGCGGUGGACCCACAUUUUCCAUUACUCGGAGACCGUAGCAGAAGUACCAAGAGCCUAAAUGUUCAGUAAGCUGCUUUUUCACUGGCUGUAAAGGUCAUCUUUACAGAGAAAAUGGAACCGAAACAGGAACAGGUUUUCCAUUCAAUCAGUAGGUAUGAUCGAGAGCUGGCAAAAAAAGAUUGCCACUUGGCAAAUGUUCGAAUGCUUUGUGCUGAAUUAGCCAAGCACUCAGGCAACAUGUUGUUCUCAUCAAAAAUAUCCAGUUACGGACGUAACAUUUCACAAGGCGACGCAACUGCCUCGUCAUUUGCACAGAUCCUGUACGGCAACGCUUGUACGCGCCUUAGACUCUCACAAUCCUGGAUCCUUUUUUUUUCUGACAAAAUGUUUAAAUUCACCAUUCAUUCAAGAAAAUGCUGCUGCUCUCACGAUAAUGUAGCAGACAACGCCAAAGUGGCGACGACAUGCGUGCGUCUCCAGCCUCUUCGCUCCAGAGGUCUCUAGUCCGACGUUCCCACUCAUGAACCCAGGACCAACACUCGUCAGUCCUAAAAUGUCAAGUCCUAUGAUCUCCGGCUCAAGAUGUUCAGUCCAAACAUCAAUCACCCCUCGAUGUAAAGGCUCCUAUCGUUUCGUCGAAGUUUGGUAUUCGCGCCAUUCUUAUAGCGCGAGGCUAUCACGAAGGAAGACGCUACGUUUCACAUAGUCAGCAGUGGAUUCCCAGUGGGGGGCAAAAUUGAUAUCUGUAAUCGCUGAUAUCAACGUUGAUAUCUACGUUGAUAUCUAUAAUCUUAAUGGAGUAAUGGUGGUCAAUCUUUUGAUUUUGAGCAAAUGUGAACCACAACACCGGCAUGCAAUGGCCUACUCAUUCCGAAUGAUGUAAGGGGAUCUUUAAUACCUACUGUGAAGCAGAGGGCAACGUUUUUGUUAUGGCUAAUACACCCGCAGCAAAAACCAGGGCUGCCUGCCAGAUUGGAAUCGGGAAGCUCUGCACCAGGUGGCGAGCGCACCACCGCCGGGCUGCGUCAUCGCCCCGAGAGUCUGUGCCGCGUGUCCCACAGAGACGAGGUCGGUAUCAGCCGGCUUCCGACUCGGCCAAAGCAAUGCAAUUACGCACACCGCAGCCUCUCCAUGGGCCGGUAACGAUUGCCAACUGAAGCAAAACUCACCCACUCUAGAGGCGAGGACAGGGCCUGGCGCUCGGGGGCACCGGGGUGGGCGCUGUACCACCCACGGUGGUCCCCCAAACGACACCUCUACUGCCACCCCCCCCCCCCGUCCGAGAGGAUCUGGGGCCGGGCCAGAGUAACGGACGUGCCGAGCCAUUCACGAUCAGACGCACGCUUCAGCGGGGUGCUCUGCAGGUGAUUGUGAGAGCAGCCGACGUGUGGAGAAACGCGUGGAGACGUCCAGAGAGCUGUGGGUUGUUCAAUACAAACUCCGGUGUACGUCGCUCCCGGGCAUACACCAGACAUUUUACACUGUAUUUCAAUUAGUAGAAUUGGUUUCUCUCAAAUUCCGUCCGCCUGCUUUGAGGUUGGCGUUGGUGGGUCUCCGCUGGAUGGCGGCGCUGCAUACGGAGAACCCCCCCCCGUGUUGAGGUCCUGCACCAUUCUGGCGCCACUGAAGCACUUGCGUUAUGUUUGCGAUGAACGGCACUCAGAGUCAAUCGCUGGCCGUGUGGCCAUUCGCCUCCGCGGUCAUUUGAGGAGCUGUCCAAAAUUCGGAAUUGUGCUGCCAUUCAAGAAUUUGUUCUUCUUUCUUCCGUCUCGUUAUGUACUUCCUGUCUCGUGUUCAGGGGUGUCCUGUCCUGUGUGCUCCACCUCAUUUGCACCAUCCCAUUUUGUUCUCUCAUUUCCAUUGCCUUCUCUCGUAAGUACUGUCUUGGCUUGUGCUGUCUUUAUUUUACUGUGUAAUUACGUAAUGCUGUUGUGAUCAUUUUGUGUUUAUUGUCUAUUUUGCUCGUUCUGUCUCGUUCGUAUGGUCUAAUAUGUUAUCUGCCUCAUCUGUUCCGUUAGCCUGAAUGUAGCAUGGAUGUAUAAUUCUUGCAUUGAAGCACGAUUUAACGGAGGUAUCAUGAGCCUUAGAGGUCAUUUGAAUUUGACGAUUCGACGCAUCGCUACGUGCCUCGAACCCACAUCCCCGCAGAGUGCAACCCACCCAACCGCGACAACAGCCGAACAAACGACAAAAUAACAGCGACCAACCUGAAGAAAAUCAAGCGCUAUACAAGCAACGGCAACAAUGAACGCAACAACAAACACAACAACAACAAGCACAUAUUCAGUGACGAUCAGCCGACACGGCAAGAAUUACGGGUGUUGUGAACAUUCGUGUGAGUCACAUUUGGAUCAUUGCUCCCGCACUGUUUCAGAGGCUGCUAAACCCAUAAUUCGAAAGGGAAUAAGCUAACGACUGCUUUCACAGAGGCUGCUGUGUGGGGGACAGCAGGGAACGUCCGAGGAGGAGAUGGAGCUGGCCACGAGGAGGAGGCCUCCAGGGCCACAGCUGCGGCCGUAGAGGGAGGCCAUGGGGGACCCCACAUUGGUUUUGUCGUCAGUGACACUGUUGUCGUAAGAGGUUAUAUUUCUUUGGCAUGUGUCGCACUCUUUAUUUUUGUAAAGAAACACAAAAAUACGGGAUGCAGUCAUUUCCGUGGAUGCACAAUUUAUCGUUUUGCCAAAUGUGGCAAUUUAAACAUCGCUCUGCAACCUCUACCGGCGAGCUGACGCUCUAACGGUGUCGGCGCGUUCGACGCUCGUGCCGACCGCGUGCCGGUGACAUUUGGCCGAGGAGGGAGGAGGGCUUCGCCGCAAGAACACGGCCCGGAUCGUGCGCGUUGCCACCGCCUCGAUGUCAAUUAUGAAUCGGAAUAUUGGCAUGGAAAAACAUACGCGUUCCGAUAGUUUUCACCGUACAACUUUAGCCAUGCAGUUUCCAAAGCCGUGGGAACGCGUUUUUUUUUCGAAUUGGUGGCUAUAAACCAGUCACUGGAUACUCGCUUUAAAAGUGGGCGAAUCAGUGAGAGGCCCGUACUGAAGGCUCAUGUCGAGUUGAGUCAAUCUGAAUGAAGUCAUCACCAGAAACAAAGUUUUAGGAACGGUAUCAGUUUUAUGAUCAGUAGGAGACUACAAGCAGUUCUGAGGUCAGGAUUAAAAGCAGCAGCUGAGAGAUCAGGAGCUGUGAACUUCCUGUCAGACGCGGAACUUGGAAACUUAAAUCCUCAUUAGUGAUGCCCACCCUUCCUCAAACUUUGUAAUCUUGAUUCAUCGCCGGCGCAUCUCGGUCACAGCACACGCGUAACUUUGGAAAAUGUAGCCUUCACCGUAACAAUUCUCACACAGCAAAGGUUGGAGAACGCAGCUACGAGAGCCAUUGGGUGGCCACGUCUCCCCCAAAGUCUGCACAGCUGAUUGACUGGCUUCUUGAUGCGAAUAAUACGAGGUCAUAGGUUACCUCCAAUGCCUCUGUGUAGCCAAGUGCAAUGGAGUGGACGCAUGCGUGAAUGUAUCACAUGCAGGUGCCGCACAAACAGCGGGUUAGAGUUCAGGGGCAUGGCAGCAGUGCUGGUUGUGUAUCACGGCGUGUUGCUGGAUACGCAUUGCCUGCUCCAGCUGAGUUUUGCUCCUGAGGAUUGUGGAGGCCGUUAACGACUCGUGCCAGGCUUCUUGUAUCCAGAUGAUGAUGGGUCAAGCAACUAAUCGUGAUGGCUUGAUGUGGCAAACACUUGCAGAGUUGUGUAUUACAGGACACUGAUGCCUGGGGUCUGAGUAAUAAAGGACAGCAUUAUUGUAGCUAGCUACUACUACUACCCAUGAUUUGUAUUAGCACAACGAGCUCUCGUGCGACUACAGAAAAAGAAUGAAUACAUUUGUAUUAUUUUCAAAUGGUUAUUACGCUAAAAUAUCAGAUUUUGGACGUUUCCAACAAAGGCAACCAAUUUGUUAGAUUCUGGUAUGCCUUGUUAUGUUCUGCCAAAAGCCCUUGGGAGUUGUUUAAAUCAUUAUUUACGUAAUGGCCAAACGGUUCUGUUGGAUUUUUACCCUGUUCUGAUUAUGACCCAUCGCCAAAUGCAUAUAAGUGCUGGAUCGAGUUAAAUUCAAUCCUUACACAGCACGGUCAAUUAAAUAUUUAAUGAAAUAUUACAUUUUAAUAUUUCAUCUGUCACUACAAAGUUAUUGGAUUCGAAGAUUGAGAUGUUUUAAUGGCAGAGCUGAAAUGUAUUGUUCAAAAUAAUAAAUAUUGAAUUAAAAUUUAGGUUUUAAUGAUUUAAUUCACUCUUAACUUUAAACUUUAUUUCUAGUUUUAAAUUCAAUUACGUUUUCAUAUUCACUAUCCUCUCACAGAGUUCAGAUUUAUAUAUUUUUUCAAUUUCAGUUGUACUUAAAAUGCAGGAUUUUUAUAUGUCAGUUUCAUAUCCACAACUUUAAAGAUGUUAAUAUAGCCAUCGUACUGUAUGUGUUUUUCAGUUUCAGAUUUCCGCACUUUACAACGGCACGUUGCGCGUACAGUACGCCACGUGUACAGUGUGUACAGUACACGCACGGCACGUGUUGCGUGUACAGUACGCCACUGUACAGUCUGUGCUUGCGUGUACAGUGUGUGUACAGUACUGUUGCGCGUACAGUACGCGUGCAGUUAGUGUUGCGCGUACAGUAUGCCCACACCGUAUUUACUGCUGUGAUCCACUCACUUAGUCUUGAGAUUCUUUCUUGUUAAUUGCGUUUUCUGACAGAUAUGACCAGGAUAUAUAUAUAAAUAAAAGUUAUGGUCGUUAAAUUUGUAUUAUUAUAAAA